UGUUUGCGCGCUCUGAUGACGGAGACUUGGUUUUAAUAAAGAAGCUGGUGUAGUUGAUAAAACCAAUAGAGCUUUCAGUCGAUAACGAGUCUUUGAGUAACGUUCAUCGACCAAAAAUAUUUGUAUUCGAAAUUUAUUUUUCUUAAAUUUUGUUUUUUAGUUUUUUAAGUUUUGUUCGAACAAAGAGAAGAAGGGAUAAACUAAAAACAAGAAGAAGAAGAAGAACAAGACGAAGAAGAAGGAGGAGAAAAAUUCAUUUUUUUCCAUUCGUUCGUAAUUCUAAAGAAAAAAUUUCUAUUUCAUCGAUUUACUGUGACAAAGUGAUUCUUGAACGAGAAGAAACCAUUUUCGAUACGUAAGAAGAAGAAGAAGAAGAAGAAGAAAAAGAAGAAAAAAGAGAGAAAUUUUUAUUACUACGAUGACGGAUAUCGAUAUUAAAUGAGAAGUGUCAGAUAGUAUUAAUACGUGAUUAUCAAAGUUCGAGUUUGAAUAUGGACUAAAAUUAGAAAUAAUUAUGAUGUAUUUUUUUUUUUAAUUCAAAAAAUAAUUUUUUCUUCUUUCGAUGAACGAAACUCUCUAUUAUUGACAUAUGCAUAUUCGUUUUUAUGGAUUCGUUGUAAUCUUCCUUGAAUUUUCAAAUUUUUAAUGAUCGUGACGCAAAUGUCAACUAUAAAAAUAAAGAUAUCUAUAUCGGUCGAUUGAUGAGAAGAAAAAAAAGAAGAAAUUAAUAUUAUAUAUUUUUUUGUCAGUAAAUUCCAAUAAAUUGUUUCAUUCGAUUGCAAAAGAUAACGAUAAAGUAGAGACAAUUUUUUUUUGGUAAGAUACAAUUAAAAUUGCAUGUGACUAGAGAUGAUAAAUCAGUGAGAUUAAAUAAAAUCUAAUCGUUCUCUCUCUCUUUCUCUCUUUCUAUCUUAUGUUCUCUAUCUAUCUCUUAUUCUAUUUUAUGAUACACACGUGUAAAACGUGAUCGUUCAUCUCAUUUUAUCGAUAUAGCUACUGAAAAUCUUACAAAUCUUACAAUUAAAGUUUGCAAUUAAAGUUUGGAAAACGAUUAAAGUUUGGAAAACGAAGAGGAUAUUUGACAUAUCAUGAACGGAAAUGGUUUAUCGAUGGAUAUUAAGAUGGAAUGGAGAAACGAUGAAGAAAUGAAGAAAUGCGAAAGAAGAGGUGUGAUUUAUCAGAUAUUAAUGAGUUUUAGUGCAAAUAUUGCUGUACUUGGACCAGCUAUGGGAUUUGGUUACAGUGCAGUAGUACUUGGGCCACUGAUGUCUUCGUCCAGUGACGUGAAGAUAGAUUUUAAUCAAGCGAACUGGAUCGCUACCGCAUCUGCUUUGGGUACACCGGUCGGUUGCGUUCUAUCGAGUUUUUUUAUGAGACACGGCAGAAAGUUAACUUUAUUUAUCGUUUCGAUAGUCUCUUUCAUCGGUUGGAUAAUAAUCUACAUGUCUAACACCUACGAACAGAUAUUGAUAGGUAGAGUAAUCUCUGGGAUCGGUACAGGCCUAGCUUCUGUUUCAACGACUGUUUAUUCUGGUGAAAUUGCUAACGUCAAAUGGCGAGGUGUUAUGAUAACUUGGACUGGAAUCUUCAUUGCUUUGGGCAUUUUGAUCGUUUAUGUUUUUGGCUAUAUAUUAAAGGAUGAUUGGCGAUUAAUAGCUCUGAUGUGUGCUCUUUUUCCUAUUAUAUCGAUUGCACUAAUCCUGUUAAUACUACCAGAGUCUCCUAUAUGGUUACGAGAACGUGGCCGUUUGGAUGAAGCAUUGGAGAUAUUAAAAAAAUUUCGUGGUAUAUCAAAGGAUGAUCCAGUAACCAUGGAUAUUCUUUUAGAACUGAAACCAAGGAAUCAACAAGGAAAUAAUAAUAAGAACGUAUUGAAACACGUAUUUAAGAGGAACGCUCUUAUACCGUUUAUAAUAAUGUUGAUGUACUUUUUAUUCCAACAAUUUUCCGGGAUAUUCGUGACGAUCUAUUACGCGAUAGAUAUAGUUCGAAGUGCUGGUGUUACUUUAGAUCCUUAUAUAGGAGCAGUUUUUAUAGGAGGAACACGAUUGCUCGGUAGUUUCUUGAUCACAAUAUUUUCUUCAAAAUAUGGCCGAAGAAUUCCUUCGAUCAUUUCUGGAAGUGGUAUGACCUUCUUCAUGGCAUCACUCUCGAUUUAUCUGUUCAUCAUCGAUAAAGGAUAUGUUAUAAAUGAUAACGGUAUCGUACCAGCUAUCUGCAUUUUAAUGUAUAUCUUUUUAAGCACCUUAGGAUUUUUAUCGAUUCCUUUCGCUAUGAUCGGUGAGAUUUAUCCUAGCAAAGUGAAAGAUCUACUUUCUGGACUUACUACUUGCAUCACUUACAUAUUCAGUUCGAUAACGGUGAAAAUUUAUCCGGAUAUGUUGUCAUAUAUGGGGAAACAUGGUGUUUUCUUUUUUUAUGCGAUCGUCUCCCUAGCUGGGACAAUUUUUGUUCUAUUAUUUUUACCAGAGACCAAAGGGAAAUCUUUGAACGAGAUCGAGGAUAUGUUCGGAAAGAAAAAAAGUGAAAAUAUUUCGAAAAUAAAUGAUACAGUCGUAAUACUCUCCAACGAUAUCGAAAAUAUAUCGUUAAAAAAUGGAAACACAAAUAAGAUUUAGAUCUCAAUCGGAGGAAUUUAUGAAGAGAGUCUCAUUUUUCAUAUCCUAAUCCAAGUUUUCUGUCAUACAUAUAUUCCUGGCUGAUUAGAUGGAAGCUUUUAAUUUAAUUUAAUUUUCUUUCUAAUGAUUCGCCUCUUGUGUUCAACCGACAACGUCGAAGUAUUAUAAAAGAAACCUUUCUAAUUGUCAAAAAAGAAAAUAUUAAUAUGUAAUUGAUUGAGACAUUAUAUUAAGUAAAUAAUAAUCUAUUGCUUAGAUGAUAAGAUAGUAAAUAUGUGUGUGUAUAUAUAUAUAUACAUAUAGACAUAAGAAAUCAAGUAUUUUUAACUUAGCGAAACAUUUUUAUAACUUGUAGAGCUAAUUUUUUGCAAUUGAUUUGAUAUCAUAGUUAAUUAAUCGUCAAUCAAAGAAGAAAAUAUUUACGAAGGAAGUUGUUUGAACAAACUCACGUUAUAUAGAUAGGCACACCUUAGACGGAACGACAAAUACGGUAUAAGUUUCUGAUAAAGAAGACGAAUGUACUUUAAAGAUAAGAUCUUUUUUUGUAAUUAUCUAAACCUUUGAUAAAAUUGUUUGCUUACGUUUCAAGAAUAUUUAUACGAUUGUAUAGAGUGCGAGAUAAAGGUUUUCUAUAUUUU